AUGACUAGAUGGCAGAUCCUGCUCUCUGAAUUUGACAUAGUAUAUGUAAGUCAGAAGGCCAUAAAGGGGAGUGCAAUAGCUGAUUUCCUGGCUAGUAGAGCCUUGGAGGACUAUGAGUCUUUGAACUUUGAUUUUCCAAACGAGGACUUGAUGUUUGUGGCAAACACUGAAGAAAAUCCUCAAAGGGAUCACGUGUGGAGGUUAAAUUUCGAUGGAGCUUCAAAUGCUACGGAGUAUGAAGCAUGUAUUAUGGGCAUUCGUGCAGCCAUUAAACGGAACAUCAAAAUGCUAAGAGUGUAUGGGGAUUCUGUAUUGGUGAUAUACCAACACAAAGGGGAAUGGGAAAAUAGAGACCCUAAGUUAAUCAGUUAUAGAAAGCUGGUCCUCGAAUUGGUUGAUGAGUUUGACGAUAUCACCUUCUGUUAUCUCCCACGAGAGGAAAACCAAAUGGCUGAUGCAUUGGCUACUCUAGCUUCGUUGAUUCAGGUGAACAUAUUUGAGGUAAUGAGGCCUAUUCAGAUGAGUAUCUAUGAAACCCCAUCUCAUUGCUACAGUAUUGAGGAGGAGGGAAAAUAUGAUCAUCCUUGGUAUCAGAGUAUCCUACAGUAUGUGAAGAAUCGGGAGUACCCUAGUCAAGCAACAGAGAAUGACAAGAGAACCCUAAGAAGAAUAGCCAUUGAAUAUGUCUUAGAUGGGGAAGUGCUAUACAAAAGAAGGAAGGAUCAAGUACUGUUAAGAUGUGUGGAUGUCGUGGAAGCCAAGAAAAUUUUGGAGGAAGUCCAUGAGGGUAUCUGUGGGACGCACGCCAAUGAUUUAUGGAGACAAGAUGCAUGCACCCCCUUCACCACUUCACGUCAUGACCUCUCCAUGGUUGUUUUCCAUGUGGGGUAUGGAUGUUGUUGGGCCGAUAUCACCAAAGGCUUCUAA